AUGAGAUUCGCCGUGGUCGUAUUUGCCUGCGUAUUGGCGGCCGUCAGCGCCCAACAAUACUUCCCUCAGAACAAGGGACAAUACUUCCCUCAGAACGACCAAUACAAAUACAACAGAUACAAUAAGUACAACUAUAACAACAACUACAACAACUACAACCGUUUCCCCAACCAGAACAGAUUUGGUGGCCAGUACCAGCCCUUCGUACAGCCCGCUGCUUUCCCCCGCCCAGUUGUACCUGCUAAGCCCGUAGUUGUAUCCCCUGUUCCCGCUGUUUCUGUUGAAGCCAAACCCAGCCCUGCCCCCGUCCAGGUAGUUGCUCCCGUACCCGAACCCAAACCCGUAGUUCCCGUAAUUCCCGUAUCUGCUGUCAGAGUUGCCGCUGACGACCGAUCUGCUGAAGUCCUUAAAUUCGGAAAUGAAAUCAGUGAAAACGGUUUCAACUACUACUUCGAAAACAACAACGGAAUCGCCGCUCAAGCUCAAGGUGUUCCCCGCAACUUCGGUGGAAACCCUCCCGUAGUUCCUGACGUUAUCCAAGGAGCUUUCUCCUGGACUUCCCCCGAAGGCAAGGUCAUCUCUAUCAGCUACACCGCCGAUGAGAACGGUUACCAACCCUCCGGAGACGCCAUUCCUCAGCCCCCAGAAAUCCCCGCCCAGAUCGCACGCGCUCUUGAAUACAGUGCCAGAUACCUCGCUAGCGCUAAAAACUAA